UUUGAAGAUGCAGAAUGAAUUAUGAAAGCAAUACAAUGUUACUGUGUCUUUUGUUUUUUUUCCCCAGGUACUCGGAUCAGUAUGGCAGCCACAAGAAAUGUGAUGAGAGCUGUCAGAGUUCUUGAGUUUGGUGGCCCUGAGGUGCUUAAGCUCCAGUCAGAUGUUCUAAUUCCUGAUCCAAAAGAAAAUCAGGUGUUAAUUAAAGUCCAUGCCUGUGGGGUAAAUCCUGUUGAGACAUAUAUUCGUUCUGGAAAUUAUGCCAGAAAGCCAGCUCUGCCCUACACUCCUGGCUCAGAUGUGGCUGGGGUGGUGGAAGGUGUUGGGGAGCAUGUGACUGCGUUCAAGAAAGGUGACAGGGUUUUUACCAUUGCUACGAUCUCAGGAGGAUAUGCAGACUAUGCAGUUGCUGCAGCUAAUAAAGUCUUUCCUUUGUCCGAUAAACUGGACUUCAGGCAAGGGGCAGCGAUUGGAAUACCCUACUUCACUGCUUACCGUGCUCUUUUCCAAAAAGGCUGUGCCAAAGCAGGGGAAAGUGUGCUCGUGCAUGGUGCAAGUGGGGGAGUGGGAAUAGCAGCAUGUCAGAUUGCCAGAGCUUGCGGUUUAAAGGUUUUGGGGACAGCAGGAACCGAGGAAGGCAUGAGCAUGGUCCUGCGGAAUGGUGCUCACCAGGUGUUUAAUCACAGAGAAGCCAACUACAUCGAUAAAAUUAAGGAGUACACAGGGAUGGGAGGAGUUGAUAUAAUAAUAGAAAUGCUCUCCAACAUCAAUCUUGCCACUGACCUGCAACUGCUGAACUACGGAGGAAGAGUGAUGGUUGUGGGCUGUAGAGGUCCCGUUGAGAUAAAUCCAAGAGACACUAUGAGUAAGGAAUCCAGCAUAACUGGAGUUAGUCUUUUCCUUGCAACAGAGGAGGAGAAGCAUGAGUGUGCAACAGCACUCCUUGAUGGCAUAGAAGCUGGCUGGUUGAAGCCUGUUGUAGGCUCUGAAUAUCCACUGGAGAAAGUGGCGAAGGCACAUGAAGACAUUAUUCACGGUAGUGGUGCUCGGGGGAAGAUGGUGCUCCUUCCAUAGAGUCUUUUUCCAGUUACGCUGUAGCUGUUCCAGCAGCACCUUUGGUUACCUGAUUCUCUCAUGGUAUAUUACAAAGCAUACUUUUGAUGAGGUUUGCCAGUAACAGCAAAUUCUACCUUCCAUUAAUGACAUUAAUGAUCAGUCUAUUUUCUUAUUGUAAUAAGCAGAGUUUCCCAUACUUUAAAGUAAUUUUUGUAGAUUUUUUUUUUUUUUGGCUGAUGUGGAAAUAAUGGACCUCCUCCACUGGUGUGGCCUUGUGGGGCAGGAGAGCCUCACAUCUAAGGCAGGAUUUGAUAUCCUGCUCUCUGUGGGUCAAGCAGAUAAAAGAAUGUCCAUAAUUAACUCUAUGUAUAUAGCUGUGACUCUGGAAAUUUCUUAGCCACAAAAUUUGCUCAUCUUACUCAUUUUUUUGUCACAUAAUUUACAUGGAAUAAAAGCUUUUACUGCCAAAAUGGUUCACUUUCCAGUUCAAAAGAUGGGAAAAGAACCUCUCAAUACGAACUCUUUGGGAGCAGAGGCAGUUGUUGCUGCACCUGACUUCAUAUCUGAGGUCAAAGCGUCCCGGGUAACCCAAAGGGAUGGUGACUUUGGAGCUGCAUGCUAAUAGCUGCUACUCCGCAGUAGCUGUCCAGCCCUGAUUUGACCUUUGCCAGAUUUAAAGCGCCCUGAAUCCCUGGCUACAGUGCAGAGACAGAGGCUGCACGGGGUGCUCAGAAGUCAUGUUGCUUCAGAACUGAAUGUAUUUACAUGGUUGACUUGUUCUAAAUACAAAUUGAUUGAGGAA